AACAAAGAUACUUUCCGACCAGAAAAUGGCGUAGACCUCUCAGAACAAGAAACAAAGCUMCCAUCCUAUUGGCUGACACCGGUGACGAAACUCUGCCUCGGUAUGAAGGAGGGCGCACACACCAGCUGGAUCAGCAUUAACCAAUCAGGAAUGUCCUUGUACGACGUCAUAAAGGAUGGAAACUUAAGAGAAGCAAAUCUGCCUAAGAGUAGUUGGAUGUCUCUUUUGGCUAACAGUUCUCUCGAGACUGAUUGCAUUCUCGAGGGCUUCAACGUUGACACAAAAAGAUACCCACGGGCUGCGAGGGCCCGUAUAGGAAUCAUUGGCUUUCAAAAGGACUGCAGUUUUCCAUCGAGAUCUCGUAUAGGGUACGGCACGUCGGGAGACCAUUACGGCAUGAAAGACAGCAACUCAUGUGGAAAUGAAGAUGGGAAUAAAAGUAUAUCAAUAAAAGCUUUUGGCUAUGUGCUUGUACAGUGACUCAAUGCAAUAGAGUAGUUUUCGUAUGACUGUGACAAGCUCAGCGCCGUAUGCGUGCCUUGUGCUGACCAUGAUAUUGGCUGAUGUUUUUUCUCGCGCCAUGUGAUUGGUCUGACAGUGCCGUGAUCUUGGCGUGACCGUGUGUUUAUGCCGGGUAUUUGAUUGGAUGGAGAGUAAUCCAUUUUUGGCGCAUGCGCAAUUUUCCGGAAGUGAAAUAUAAUCAAUGAAAAACAUGCUUUAAAACUGCUUUAAAACAGAGUCCUGUGUUUAUUUACCAUCAAAAUAAGAAUUAGAAAUCGGGAUCAUAUGUUUUUAAUUUUUGGCAAGUCUUUGAACGCUUGCACUCUUAUACCGGAAGUCCAAGAAAUCCUGGUAUCAAGAAAUGGAUUAUGCCAGAGCCCUCGUUCUUCGCCGCAGGCCAGAAAAAACGCAGGCUCUGGCUACGAGAUUGGGCUCUGGCAUAAUCCAUUAUUUAGCGCAUGCGCAAUUUUCAGAAAGUGAGAUAUAAAAGGUCAAAAUAAGCAAAGUAAAAAUUAAA